ACUCUGCAAAACCAACACCUCCGCCAGCACCUUGACAAGCACACGUUCGGAUAUGGCAGCCUCCCUGGACAAGCUCCAAGCGCUGGAACAGUGGUUCAAAGAUAACCGCAUCCGCUACGACGCCCGUCUCAUUGAGCUCAGGCAGGUCGGGACCGGCUAUGGGGUUUUUGCGAAAAAGAACUUGGAGGUUGACCAGGGACUGUGUAUUAUCCCCAAAGAUGCUGUGCUGAGCGUGCGGAACUGCGCCAUAGCCGACACACUCGAAUCCCUCGAAAUCGACGGCGUCCUUGGUCUCGCCGUCUGCCUCAUGUACGAACGCCACAUGGGCGCCUCAUCCCCCUGGUCCGCCUACCUCGCGAGCCUGCCCGACUUUGAGCCCCUGCCCAUCUUCUGGCCGAGUUCCGACCUUGCAGAGCUCAAGGGCACCGAUCUCGCCACGCAGGUGCAGAACGAUCUCGUCCUGCUGCAGGCGGAUUACACAGCCCAUGUGGAGAGGUUCAUUGAAUGUUCGGGUCUACCCGCUGAAGCGUUUAGUUAUGAGAAGUUCCUCGCCGCGGCGUCGCUGGUGAGCUCGCGCGCAUUCGAGGUGGACGAUUUCCACGGCCAGUGCAUGGUCCCGCUCGCGGAUCUGUUCAACCACCGCACGCCGACACGGACGACCCCAGGGGAGCAUGUGCAUUUCGAGACGGAUGCGGAUGUGUGUAUGUUUUGCGGAACCAAUGGGGAGUGUUGGUGUGAUGAGGUCUCGGAUGAUGGGAGUGAGGAGGAGGAGAUUGUGGACGGGGAGUUGGAGGGCGAGGGGUGGGUUUCUGAGGAGGAGGAGAAUGAUGGGGAGGAGGAGGGGGACAGGAGACACCAACGGAGGGGAAGAGGGUCGCCGUCCCCACCCCCGUUAUAUGAUCCCGAGGAUUGGACGAGGGAUCCGGAGGAAGAUGAGGAUUUUGGCGAUUUUGACCCGGGAGUGGAUAUUCUGGAAUUGACCGUCGUCGAAAAGUGCCCAGCAAACUCCGAAGUCUACAACACCUACGGCCACCACCCCAACACCCACCUCCUCUCCCACUACGGAUUCACCUCCCCCUCCAACCCCUUCAACACCGUCCUCCUCCCCCUCCCCGCCCUCCUCUCCCACCUCGCCCCCCCAUCCCUCGCCCCCCGUCUGGCAUUCUACACCCGCAUCGCCCGGCGCAUCGUCGACAAACUGGAAUCAGAGCACAACGAUGAAGAAGACGAGUAUGACGCUGAGGAGGAGUUGAUGGAUGAUCUGGACGACGCCGACGCCGCGGAGUUUCUCGACGCCGAUAACACCAACAUCGAGCGUGACCUGACGCUCACGGCCACGGGAACGGCGUCCGCGCAUCUCCGGGCGUUUGCGCAUCUUCUGGCUGUGGACGAAGGGACGUUUGCCGGGUUUUGUGACGAGCCGGAGCGGUUUGAGGGGUAUUUGAGACAGUUGGAUGGGGAUGGGCAGAUGAAGAAGGGGGGCAAAGGGAGCAAGAAGAGGAAGGCGGGGAAGAAAGGGGUGGAUGUGGACCGAGUCGUGAAAGACGCCCUCCGAACAAUCGCUGCGGACCGCUUAGCGGCCUACCCCACGACGGUGGAGGAGGAUGAACGGGUGUUGAAAACAUUGGGGAAAUCUACGGACCCCGCGAGUCUGCGGAUGCGACAUAUCCUUGUGUUGAGGAUUGGGGAGAAGAGGAUCUUGGGGAGGGUUUUGGCAAAGUGAACAGCGCAUUAACCCGCACGUCACCAAACCAAGCAGACAUCGAAGGACCCUUUCGUUACGACCCCGCGGCAUAUGUAGGCUGAUGUGGGUUGCUCAUAGCGCGGUAAUUUAUGUAUAUGUACACUACUGCACCAUUCAGAGUUAGGUCAGCCGAGAUAGAUUAUGUGUGUAUUUAAUCUGGGCGUGUAGGCAAAUGCAAACGGGGACGCUGCAGCAACG